AUGGCGACCCAUGAUGAUGAUGAUGCUAACAAACGAGGCGAGGAGGGAGAGAAGAGAUGUUUUGAUCUUUUCGCGACGUUGCUUCACGCUUUUGGUAACGACGAAAUAAGAGCGAGACGUGGAAAAGAAGAGCAAGAGAGAAACAUGCUCAUGAUCCAUACUAUUAUUACUGCAGCCACCAACACUUUCUUGUUAGGUCACAAACGAAAUAUCGAUGAUGAUGAGUUCAAGAAUCAAGAAAACACUUCUUCUUCUUCUUCUUCGAGGAGUUUGGUCGAGUCCAAGAGGCGUCGUGUGGUGGUAUCCGACAACAAACCCAUCAGAGCAGAACCUAUUAGAGAAAUCAAACCUCCGGUUAAGGAAAUAAACCGGACGGUUAAAAGAAAGGAACCGGUUAGAAGAGAACCGGUGGUGACUCCUGGAUGGGUAAUUGACCUAAUGAGGAAAAAAAAUGGUGAGGAUGCGAAGAUGAUAUUUGAGAAAGUGAUGACAAAGACUGAUCUCACACCAAACCAAGGACGUCUGUUGAUGCCCUUUAACCAAAUGUCUGAGAUGGACUUUAUGACCGAGGCAGAGUUGAAGAUCCUAGAGGAACACCACAAAGACAAAGGAGAUGCUAACAAAAAAAGAGUUAAUGAUUACACCACCGAAAAAAAGAAAGGAGUUGAUGUCAUCUUGUUGAAUCGUAAUGGUAACAAGAAGUGGAAUCUUAACAUGAGGAUAUGGGAGAUGAGGAGCAGUUUCAACUACGCCUUGUGUACUGGUUGGAACCAGGUCGUCCGAGAUAACAAGCUAAAGGUAAACCAGACUAUUACCCUCUGGUCCUUUCACUCCCAUGAUGGCAAGCUCUAUUUUGCUUUCGAUCCUCCCACUCCAGUUACACAUUCAGCUUCAUCUUCUGGAGAUCCGUUUGCGUGUGAAGAGGCAAACAGGAGAAUUAUGCUAUAUUGGAGUCCAAAGAGAAGCAGAGCUACUGGAGUUUGGAUUCUAGAUCCAAGAAGCAACCUACUCGAGGGUUCGGACCUAAACAGAACAGUACCACCUCCAGAGGACACUGAGAUGGAUUCUGAUCUCGAGGAUGCACAUAUUAGGAGGCACUCGACGAUGGUGGAGCACUCCAGCAACCCUGGCUCCGGUUGUAAUCAGAGAUUCAUGUGA